GUCGCUGCAUUAUUAUUGGCCGCCAGUCAGUUUCGUGAGCGGCGUUCAUUCUGAAUGUUGCACGAAGUGUGUUCGCGAACUCGUGUGGUGCGUGCAGAAAACUCCGGUUGUUUGUGUUUGUGUUCAUUAACAUUUAGGAUAUUUCUUAAUUGUCGGAUUAUGUCCAACUGUUAGAAACAACAGAUGAAGAGGUUUACCUUCAACCUAGACGAUAUGCUAACCUUGACGCGCCGAAGUAAGUUAAAGAUGCAAUGGCGAUGAGCUGAGAAGAUGUCUCAUAGCGCUUUCGCCUGUUCCCUCCUGGUGAUCGUGCUUACCCAGGUUGUGUCAGAAGGGGCGCUCAGCACCGAAGUCGACUUCCGCUUUUCGAGACCUUUGUACAAUGUCAGCAUCCCAGAGAACAGCGUGGCGAAAACGUACGCAAGCCAAGCACCUGGUGCUGAGCGUAUGGGCAUCCACGUGCGGUCGAAUACGCUUAGCGACAUACGAUAUAAGAUAGUAGACGGCGAUCGUGACAAAUUUUUCAAAGCCGAAGAUAGACUCGUAGGCGAUUUCUGUUUUCUGUUUAUAAGGACUCGAACCGGCAAUAACGACGUCCUGAACCGCGAGCGCAAAGACAAAUACGUUCUGCAGGUGCGCGCCACUGCCACGAAACGCGACGGUAAACAAAAGGUGUCUUACACGACGGACGCCACUGUCGUGGUCACGGUCUUGGACACUAACGAUCUCAAUCCCUUGUUCUAUCCAACGGAGUAUAAUGCCACGGUCUUCGAGGACACGCCCAUUCAUCAGAGCAUCCUGAAAGUGGUGGCCGAGGACGCCGAUUUGGGCCGAAACGGGGAGAUUUAUUACAGUUUUGCCGAGGAAACCGACAAGUUCGCAAUUCACCCGAUGUCCGGCGUUAUUUCUCUAAGUAGACCGUUGAGAUACAACGAGGGCACAUAUCACGAACUCACGGUGCUGGGCCAGGACCGGGGGGCGGUUUUCCGGCACGGCUCCGGGAUGGUCAGCAAGGCCAAAGUGCGGAUUCGAGUCAAGAAGGUCAAUUUUUUCGCGCCCGAAAUCCGGAUUAGACACCACCCGCAAAUCGUCGAGAACUCCAAUGCCGAUAUCUACGCCAUAGUCAAUGUUUCGGAUAAAGACAGCGGUAUUCACGGCGAGAUUAAGAGCUUGGAAAUCGUUGAUGGCGACCCCGAUGGCCACUUUCGCAUCCGUCCAACGAAACAAAAAGGCGAAUUUAACAUAGAAGUGUUGAAGUUGCUCGACAGGGAGAGCACUCCUCAAGGAUACACCCUGAAAUUGCGGGCUGUAGACCGCGGUGUGCCGCCGAGAGAGAGUUAUAAGUCUGUUCCCGUCCACUUGACGGAUCUAAAUGACAACGCGCCCGUAUUUAACAAAGAGAUAUACGAGGUUAAGGUCCCGGAAACCGCUCCGGUUAAUACUCCUUUAAUAAGACUGAAAGUUACCGAUGCCGAUGAGGGGCGAAACGCCCAAGUGUUUUUAGAGAUCGUCGGAGGAAACGAAGGUGGCGAAUUUAAUAUUAAUCCCGAGACGGGGAUGUUGUACACUGCUGUUCCUUUAGAUGCCGAAAGUAAACAAUUUUACAGCCUUACUGUUUCUGCAAUCGAUCAAGGAAAUGCAGGGACGCGAAAACAGUCUUCCGCUAAAGUUAAAAUCUACGUGGAGGACACCAAUGAUAACGAUCCCAUUUUUGACGAGUCCGAGAAGUUUGUACCGAUAGACGAGAAUUUGCCAGCUGGUACUUCCGUAACGACAGUGCACGCAAAGGACCGAGACCGUGGCGAAAACGCUUACAUUUCCUACUUGAUCGCUAAUAUAAAUAAAGUGCCGUUUGAAAUUGACCACUUUUCGGGCAUUAUUAAAACAACAUCUUUGCUCGAUUACGAAAGCAUGCGUCGCGAGUACGUGCUGAGAGUCCGGGCGUCUGAUUGGGGCCUGCCAUACCGUCGCCAGACCGAAAUGCAAUUAACCGUUAAAGUUCAAGACGUAAACGACAACCGCCCCCAGUUCGAAAAAGUCGACUGUAUCGGCGUUAUUCCCCGUUCCAUCUCAAUAGGCUCCGAAAUCAUCACAUUGUCAGCUAUCGAUUUCGACUCGGGCAACAUUAUUAGCUACCGAAUCGUCUCAGGAAAUGAAGACGGCUGUUUCAGUAUUGACACCACUUCUGGCACUAUAACAGUCAGUUGCGACUUGAACGACAUCAGAGUCUCCGAGAGGGAAAUUAAUGUGACUGCAACGGAUGGCACGCACUUCGCCGAUAUAGCUCGAGUACACUUUAAACUUGUUAACACGAAGCGAAAUUCAAUGCCUGCUGGAAGACUACUAAGUGACGACACGGGCGCUUUCGAGUGCAAGGACACGGGAGUCGCCAGAAGGUUAACGGAAGUGUUGGCCGCGGCCGAGAAUAACAAUAAACCACCAACCGAGGAAGAAUUUCCAAUGAUGCCCACACGCUACGGCCAAAACCUCAAAUCGCCCGAAUUUAUCGAUUUCCCCGCUGAAAUCAAAGUCAACGAAUCGGUGGCUCUCGGAACCACUCUAGUCAAACUCAAAGCGCGAGACAGGGACUUGGGGUACAACGGCAAGCUCAUCUACGGCAUUUCAGGAGGCGACAAACACUCGCAGUUUUGCGUCGACAUGGACACCGGCGAAUUGAAAGUAAUCGGGUACCUCGACCGCGAACGCGAGAGCGAAUACUUCCUGAACAUCACACUGUACGACUUGGGCAAACCCCAGAAAUCGGCCUCGCGGAUGCUCCCCAUCACCGUUCUGGACGUCAACGACAACGCGCCCGUGUUCGAGCGCUCUUUGGCCAGUUUCCGUGUGACUGAAAACGCGCUUAACGGAACUGCAAUCUUCCGGGCUAAUGCAACAGACGCUGAUGCUGGUGAUAACGCCAAAGUGACCUACUCUUUGAUCACCGACACUCGCGAUUUUGCGGUCGAUCGAACGACCGGUGUGUUGGCCGUGUCGAACACUUUGGACCGGGAGCGGCAGGACUUGUACGAGCUGCGAAUUCGCGCCACCGACGGCGGCGGCAAAGGCCCGGAUAACCCGCCGUUGUAUUCCGAAGCCCUGGUCCGCAUAUCAAUCGACGAUAUCAACGACAAUGCCCCCAAAUUCAGUUUGCCCGCUUACACCGUCAAGAUACGGGAGGAUAUCCCGAAAGGAAGCGUCGUUGCUGUGGUUACAGCGUCGGACCCGGACCUCGGCAGCGACGGCGAAGUGGUUUAUUUCUUAGAAGACAGCGAUAGUGACGGGACAUUUAAAAUCGAUCGCUUAUCGGGCACUAUCCGGACCACAAAGCCGCUCGAUUUCGAGGAGCGACAAGUGCACAGUCUGAUCGCUUUCGCGAGCGACAAGGGCAACCCCUCGUUGUCGUCCGAGGCGAGUGUGACGAUAUACGUGGUGGACGUUAACGAGAACAUGCACGCACCGCUCUUUAGUGACAUGGUGCUGAACGGAACGGUGAAGGAGAACCAGCCGGUGGGGACGGUCGUGAUGCAGGUCAAUGCGACCGACGCCGACCCACCGGGGGGUGACAGCAACAUCGAGUACAGCAUCAGGGGCGGAGACGGCAUUGGGAUCUUCUCGAUCGAUAAUGAAGGAAUCAUCAGGACUUUAGCUGUCCUUGACAUCGAGACCAAGAGUCACUUCUGGCUCACCGUUUUCGCACAGGAUCAUGGAGUUGUCCCUUUGUACUCCAGUGUUGAGGUAUACAUAGAGGUUCUAAAUGAAAACGACAACGUUCCACUAAGUGAUGAAGCGGUCUACUACCCCACAAUCCUUGAAGAUAGCCCUGCCGGAAGCUCGGUCCUCCAAAUACGAGCCAGCGACAAGGACAAGGACCCCAAUCAGAAAAUAACGUACAAAAUUACGUCAGGAAGUCCAGAGCGAUUCUUUUCCAUAAAUUCUUCCACAGGUCUUAUCACAACAACUUCAAGGAAGCUAGACAGAGAGACUCUCGACGAGCACAUUUUAGAGGUUCAAAUAAGUGAUAAUGGGAGUCCCCCGUUGUCGUCAACGACAUACGUCGUUGUCAAAAUCGACGAUAUCAACGACAACGCGCCGGAAUUCGAGCAGAUCUCUUACAGCGUUCAGAUACCUGCGAGCGCCGAUUUCAAUCAAGCCGUGUUUCAGAAUGACAGCCCAGAUGAUUUCGACGGCGCCGACGCCGCUACUGACGAUGAUAUGUGGGAUUCUCAUAGUCCUGCAGAUCUUGCAGACCUCGAUCGGGUUUUCCGGGUUCUUGCGUUUGAUCGAGACUCCGGCCCAAACUCCGAGCUCCACUAUAGCAUAAAAUCGGGCAAAGGCAAAUCAAAAUUUAAAAUAGACAAUACAACCGGCAUGGUAUACGCGCAGAAGGGUUUCGAGCCCGGUCAAGAAUACGAAUUGAACAUAAAAGCGACCGACGGUGGCAACACCUCAAAGAGCAGCAUCUGCAAAGUGUCGGUUCACGUUAUUUCAGUGCCUUUAAAAUCGAAACAUCCCCCUGUUAUUCUGAAGCCUCCUCAGGCCGUCAAGCUGACGGAAGGCGACGAAAUCGGCUUUCUAGUUGCCUUAAUCGAAGCCCACGACAAAGAUAACGACACUUUGUGGUACGAUAUCGUUGGUGGCGAUCCCGGAAACGACUUUUACAUCGGCAAAGAGACCGGAAAUAUCCUCUUAGCGCAAAAGCUCGACUACGAAGCUCAGAACGAGUACAGUCUCAAUAUCAGCGUUAGCGAUUCUGUGCACACUGUUUACACGCAGUUGAAUGUAUCAGUAAUUGAUAUAAACGACCACAGGCCCGAAUUUUCCGAGUCCACGUACAAAGUCGAAAUUUCCGAAGCCGUGCCUGUGAACACGGAAAUCCUCCGGCUACGAGCCACGGACAAGGACGACGACAGCAAGCUCAUAUACAGUCUCUACUCGGCCCGAAACCUAAUCUCGUUGCAAACAUUCAAAGUUGAUUCCAUUACCGGAGUCAUCUAUUUAACCGAUAAUUUAGAUCGGGAGAGCUUAGACGAGCAUAUCUUGACCGUUAUGGUCCGAGAUGGGGGAACCCCAGCCAAGAGGAAUUACGCCAGAGUGCGAAUUAUCGUGCACGACCACAACGACCAUGUGCCACACUUUUCGGAGCAAAUCCUGGUCGGGAAAGUGUACGAAUCGGCCGUGGUCGGCAGUGCGGUACUUCGCGCUUUUGCCGUGGACCAUGACAAGGGCGAAAACGCCCGAAUCACCUAUUCCAUAGUCUCCGGUAACUUCGGCAAUGUCUUUGCCAUCGAUCCCGAACUUGGCAUAAUAUCAGUAGCCCGCGAGCUGGACAUGACAGCAAAUUCCGAAUAUAUGCUCAGAAUUAAGGCUGUGGAUCACGGACAACCGGCCUUAUUUUCGUCAGUACCGGCCCACAUUAUGCUAACAAUGGCCGAUAAUGCCCCUCCGCGGUUCACAAGGAAGGAAAUAGCGGCAGAAAUUUACGAAGACCAGCCGCUGGGCAGCUACGUGGCUCAUUUGAGCGUACGAAGUACUUCGUCACUACAGUUUGAAAUUAUCGAUGGUAACACUGAUGGUGCGUUCCUCAUCAGUCCAAGCACUGGCGUUAUCACAACCCAGAAGUACCUCGACUAUGAAGUUAACCGGUUUUACAACCUAACUGUGAUAACCACGAAUAUGGCUUCUGCUUCUGCCACUUGUAACGUCAUCAUCCACAUUUUGGAUAAGAAUGAUAACGUUCCGAGAUUCCUCCAAGCGAAUUAUUCCGGUACUAUUAGCGAAGCAGCGCCUAUAAGUUCGCUGAUUUUAACAAACACGAGUGAGCCUCUAGUCAUUAAAGCCUUCGAUGCUGAUUCCGAAAUGAACGCGCUUUUGCACUACGAUAUUAUCGAUAUUUUGCCAAGGCGGUACUUCCAAAUUGACUCGACCACUGGUGCUAUUCGAACGAUUCGACUCUUGGACCACGAAACCUACGACAAGUUCACGUUCCAUGUGCAGGUUUCUGAUUUGGGGAACCCCAAAUUGACGUCAGAAACGACCGCACGAGUCGACAUUGUUGUGACCGACGUUAACGAUUGUCCUCCCAAAUUCUCACAGUCCGUGUACAACGUAACUUUACUUCUUCCAACUUACAAAAACGUAGCCGUCAUCCAAGUCAAUGCCACGGACCCCGACAGUUCCGAAAGUACCAAAUUAAGGUUCGACAUAAUCGAGGGUAACAAGCUUGGCAUUUUUGGCAUCGAUUCCUCGAGUGGUCUAAUCACGGUUCUACAACCGGACAACAUGAAACAUUUCUACAAACUCCACGUGCGAGUCUCUGAUGGGAAGUUCUCAAGUGUGGCGAAAGUUAUGAUUCGUGUGGAAGAGUCCGAUAAUUCUGGCCUUGUCUUCCAGAAGCCUCUCUACGAAGGGUCAAUCAUCGAAAACUCCACCAAGAUAACAACAGUUUGCGUUGUGAACGUUCUCGGGAGUGCCUUAAACGAAUACUUAGAAUUUAAAAUUCUCAAUCCGACGAAAAUGUUCACGAUCGGGCUUACGUCUGGCGUGAUUCGGACAACGGGAAUCAAGUUCGAUCGCGAGGUUCAAGACAAAUACGAGCUUAUUAUCGAGGCCCGCAGUCAUUACUCCGACCGGGAGAAGCCCCGAGUGGCGCACGUGAUUGUUAAAGUGACGAUAUUGGACGUUAACGACAAUUGUCCCAUGUUUGUGAAUUUGCCCUACUAUGCCGUCGUUUCCGUCGACGAUGUCAAGGGGAGCAUCAUCGCAAAGGUGCACGCGAUUGAUUUAGACAGUGCGGAAAACGGCGAAGUUCGCUACGAGCUAAUCAAGGGCCACGGCGAACUGUUCAAGGUUCAAAGGGAGAGCGGCGACAUUGAAAUCAAACAGAAUUUGGAGGGCCAUAAUAGGGAAUACGAGCUGUUGAUUGCAGCGUACGAUAAAGGAAUCACACCUUGCCGCACCGACGUCACAGUUCACGUGAAAGUGAUCGAUCGCUCGAUGCCGGUGUUUAAAAAACAGUUUUAUUCCGAAGUGGUGCCAGAGAACGUGGAGUUGCACUCGCCCCUCUCGAUUUCCAUCGAGGCCGAGUCGCCGCUGUCGCGGAAACUCAUUUACAGCAUCGUCAAAGGGAACGAACUCGAGGAGUUCGCGCUGGAUUUCAACACAGCCCCCGACAGUAACAAUGGUCCCUGUGUUAUUUCGGUCGUGGACGAACUCGACUUCGAGCAACAGCCACAAUACGAGCUUCUUAUUCGCGCCACUGAUUCGGUGUCUGGCGUUUAUGCCGAAGUUCCAGUUUCAAUAGUGUUGCAAGACGUCAACGAUUGUCCUCCAGAAUUCACUCAAGAGAAUUACAAUGUGUCGAUAUCGGAGGCGGCACAGUUCGGUACUCCCGUCCUCACAGUCAUCGCCAACGAUAACGAUACGGGAAUUAACAAGAAAAUCAGCUACUCCAUUCAGAACGACAGUAGCAACUCGAGCGAAUAUUUUUACAUCGAUGAAAACGAAGGAGUGGUUUAUUUGAAACAGGCCCUAGACCACGAGGAAGCGAGCUCGCAUCAUUUCAUCGUCGUGGCGAAAGACUUGGGCGUUCCGAGCCUCUCGAGCACAGCACACGUCUGGCUUACAGUUUUGGACAUGAACGACAACCCACCGAAAUUCGAGCAAACGUCGUACAGCUGCGGUCUUUUAAUAAACGCAAAUAGAGACCAAUUUGUCACAAUUGUGAAAGCAAGUGACCCUGACGAAGUCGAUCAGAACAGUCUUCGUUAUACCAUCGUUGCCGGCAACGAACAACAAACAUUCUCGAUGAAUCCGGAGACCGGAAUAAUCACACUAACGAACUUGGCGAAUUUCGGAAAUGAAAAUACAAUGAUACUGAACGUUUCCGUCUCUGAUGGUGUUUACACGAAUUUCGCGAGACUGAAAGUGGAGCUGUUGCCGGCCAAUUUGCAUGAACCAAAGUUCGACAAAUUUAUAGUCGAUGUGCAAGUGCCGGAGAACCAGCCGAGCGGUUUCCCCGUGACGGUGGUCAAAGCAACAGACGAGGAUUUUGGCGAGUUUGGCACUAUCACGUAUUCGAUUCAUUCGGAACUCUUGAGCGAGAUUUUCAAAAUUGAUAAAACCAGCGGAAAAUUGACGACGAAAGUCCGACUUGAUCGGGAGAAACAGAAAUUGUACGAAGUGCUAAUCAUGGCGACCGACGGCGGCGGAAAGUCCGGCUUUAUCACAGUUAGGAUUAAAGUGGCCGAUGAAAACGACAACGCGCCUUAUUUCCUCCUCAAGGAGUACCAAACCAGCAUCCACUACAAUUACAGUCUCAAUGUUUUGUUUCUGCGCGUCAAGGCUGUGGACCCCGACGAGGGGCCAGCCGCCCAAAUCAGGUACCAAAUCUACGAGAAAAAAUCGUCCGAAGUUGUGGAAAUUUUCCAAAUCAAUCCGGAAACCGGCGAUCUCUCGCUGAAAAAAGACACCACUUCGUGGAUUGGGGAAGUAUUCCAGUUUUUUGUCAGAGCGACCGACAAAGGCCCGCAAGAGAAACACUCGGACGUUCCAGUCAAUAUUUUAAUCAUGGGACCAAAGGACUAUCCUCCUGUCUUCGAAAGGAAGGACGAGAAGUACUUCCUGUCGGAAAAUUCGCCUGCCGGGACCAUCAUUACGAAAUUAAAAAUGGCAUCGAACGUGAGCGCCACGUAUCAAAUCAUUUCAGAGCUCGAUGAAAAACCCCAAUUCGAAAUCGACAAUCAGGGGCAGGUGAUUUUGGCCAAACCUCUCGAUUUUGAGACUCAGGACUCGCACCUGAUUGGUAUUUUGGCCCUGUCGGACUCAAGCCCGCCAAUGACGGCUCUAGCCGAAGUGGCAUUGAAGGUACUGGAUGAGAACGACCACGCGCCCCAGUUUGAAAGUAGCCCUUAUAUUAUCUAUCUGGCCGAAAAUACAGAAGAAGGAACUUCGAUUUUGAAAGUUGUGGCCCACGACGAGGACCAGGGCGCCAACAGCGAAGUCCGAUACAGUUUCAGCCAUGAUUUAGGCGACAUGAUGAAUAUUUUUGCCAUCGAUUCUCACACUGGCUGGAUUAGUACUUUGGUAAAACUGGAUAAGGAGGCCAAAAUGGAGUACAAAUUUUACGUAACUGCCACUGAUAACGGAACUCCGAAGCACUCAGCAAGGACUACAGUGAUAGUCCGCUUGAAAGAUUACAAUGACAGUCCGACACUUUUCAAGAAACGGUUUUACGAAAGUUCGGUUAAUGAGGACGCUCUUCCUGGAACAGUACUUCUGACUUUGGAUACUGUUGAUGCUGACAGUGAUUUAACAACUCCGGUUGAGUUUUAUAUAAUUUCGGGUGACCCAAGCUCGCAGUUUCAAAUACGCCAAACUGGCGAAAUAUACGUUGCUAAAGGACUUGACAGAGAGAAAGUACCACAUUAUGACCUACAAGUCCUCGUGACGGAUGGUAUGUUUACGGACGUGACCAAUGUUUCCGUCAAUAUUUUGGACGCUAAUGAUAAUCCGCCCUAUUGCCUACAGUACCGCUACAGACAGGUACUUUCCGAGGGAAUUUUACCCGGAUCAUUUGUUUUGUCAGUACUGGCAACUGAUAAUGAUGGUCCCGAACAUUCAAAAUUGCGAUAUAUUUUGUCAGGCGACGGCAUGGAUAAUUUCUUACUGGAUAAAGACAGUGGUCACCUUAAAACUGUGACUUAUUUGGACCGAGAGAAGCAAUCAAAGUAUACUCUAACGGCUCACGUCCACGAUAAGGAACGGCUAAGUUGGAAGUGUUCGUCACAAAUCGAACUAAUCAUUUCGGAUCUUAACGACAAUCCGCCGGUGUUUUCGUUACCGUUUUAUUCCGUUUCUUUGCCCGAAGAUGUGGAAGUUGGGACUCUGGUAACGAAAAUUCAUGCCACGGACGCCGACAUUGGCAUAAACAGGAAAAUCAAAUACGCGUUUAUCGAUUCGUUCAACAAUCACUUUAAAAUGGCUUCCGACAGUGGGAUAGUGACGCUGGCGAAGCCUUUAGACCGCGAAAUCCGCGCCGUUUACAACUUGACGGUGCAGGCCGUCGAUCAGGGAACCCCCCAAUUAUCAAGCGUGAGCACCUUGACGGUGAACGUCCAAGACAUUAACGACAACCCCCCGGAAUUCGCCAACAAGUAUUACUUUGCGGUCGUACCGGAAAUUGAUGCUGUGGGUACGGAAGUCGUUAAAGUUCUUGCAACAAGUAAAGACACCGGUGUGAACGCCGACGUCACUUAUUCAAUAAUCGGGGGAAACGAGCACAAGAAAUUCGCAAUUAACAACAAGACGGGCGUUAUAUCGAUCGCCGAUAUGUUGGACUACGAGCGCGCCAAAGACUAUUUCCUCACGAUUCAAGCCGUCGACGGGGGAAUCCCGCCUCUUAGUAACGUCGCAACGGUGAAUAUCACCGUAACGGAUUGUAACGAUAAUGCCCCGGUCUUCAGCCAGCUGUCGUACAGCGCCCGGAUUCGAGAAGACGCUCAAAUCGGCGAUAAGAUCCUCCAGGUGAUCGCCACCGACCUCGACAGCGACCGCAACGGCAAAGUCACCUACUCCAUUAUUCGCGGCGAUGAUCGCGAGCAAUUCGAGAUCGAUCCAGACUCCGGCUACGUCUCAGUGGCCGAAGAACUGGACCGGGAAACGACAUCCAACUACGUCCUCGAAGUUCUGGCCAGAGACAACGGCGUUCCGGUGCUCUCGCGCCAAACUUUACUCAACAUUGAGAUCUCGGACGCCAACGAUAACCCGCCGAUUUUCGCCCAAACGAACUACACCACAGUCAUCCAGGAGGACAAACCGAUCGGUUACCCCAUCAUCCAGUUCAAGAUCACCGACGCGGACACCGCCCCCAACACCGAACCCUACACUUUCGAUUUCCGGAGCGGCAACGACGGCAACAGCUUCCGGCUAGAGGAGGACGGGGUGCUUCGCACCGCCACGAAGUUCAACCACAAGAUCAAGGAUAAUUAUCUAUUACAAAUCAGGGUUUUUGACAACGGAAUACCACCGCUGUAUUCGGACGCCUGGGUGGUGGUGAAAGUGAUCGAGGAGUCGCAGUAUCCGCCCAUUAUCACGCCGCUCGAAAUCAACAUUAAUUCGUACCUGGAUGAGUACCCGGGCGGGGUGAUUGGGAAAGUGUACGCCAAUGAUCAAGACCAGUACGACACUCUGACUUAUUCGCUCUCGCCAACUGUAGGUAUCGCGUACCCGACCCACGAGUUGUUUCAAAUCAACCGAACCGACGGUACUUUAACUGCGCUGCCGCGCCUUGACGUUGGCGAUUAUAGACUUAACGUGACUGUGACCGAUGGUAAAUUCCACACGCAUUCGAUCGUCAAAAUCAACAUUGAGGUCAUAACGGAGGAAAUGUUGGAGAAUUCGGUCGCUAUUAGGUUCCGACAAGUCAGCCCGGAAGUGUUUGUUUUGAGUCACCGCAAAGGUUUCGUCCGGGCUGUGCGUAACGCCAUGAACUGCCGGCUCAAAGACGUGAUUAUAAUCAGCGUCCAACCGUCUGAUGAUGAUGCUUCGUUACGAUCGAAACGUUUUAUUGUCAAUAAGGACUUGGACGUCCUCUUCACUGUGAGAAAACCGGACGAAGGCUUUUUCACGUCUGAGUCAAUCAAAAAAGCCCUGAACGACAACUUCGAAGAGUUGGAAGAGAGUACCAAGCUCGUAGUUGAGGAAAUCGUCCGCUUUAAGUGCAGCAACACCUACUGUACUUUCGGGGUGUGUCAGGACCACUACAUGCUAGACCCUGGACGUGUGGACCCCGUCGCGACCGACGUCACAAGUUUUGUGUCGCCGUACCACCGCCAGAAACUCGAAUGCGUGUGCAAGGAGGGUUACGGUGGCGAAAAAUGCGAUACUAUCGUUAACGAGUGUGCCCGCGAGCCGUGCCCGCCGUACAAAAACUGCGUCCCUGACGCGUCCACAGCUGGGUACUCCUGCCAGUGUCCUGAAGGGUUCGCGGGAGCGAUGUGUGACGUGGAUAUUUCCAAAUGCCACGACCAGAAUUGCUAUAUCGCACGUAACCCUAUUUCCUUCAGCGGGAAAAGCUACUCCCAAUAUCGGAUUAUUAAUAAGAAGUCGAUUGAGGACCAGUUGAGCCUCAGUUUGAGGAUUCGAACCGUGCAACCGACCGGCAACCUCAUGUACGCUGCCGGGAAAGUCGACUACAACAUCCUGGAAAUAGUGAAUGGGGCGGUCCAGUACCGCUUCGAACUUGGGAGUGGUGAAGGCAUUGUGCGGGAAUCAACAGUUUAUAUUUCUGACGGGCGAUGGCACGAGGUCAAGCUGGAGCGUGACCGCAACAGUGCCAAAAUCACAGUCGAUGGUUUGCACACUGCCCAGGGCUCAGCGCCUGGCAUUUCGGACAUUCUGAACCUACAAAGCGACGAGAUGUAUCUCGGGGCUGAGGUGCACCAACACCCCUCGAUCCUGGGCUUUGAGGACAUCCAACGCGGCUUCUCGGGCUGCAUGGACGACAUUAGAAUCUCUCGAAUGUCGGUACCUUUGCACAAAUCGGGCGAUAAUUCCGUGGCGGUGCUCAAGCGCUUCGCCAACGUCGAGUUCAGUUGCGACGUUAACAACGUGCUAGUGCCCCCCGGCCCGUGUGGCUCCCAGCCGUGCAUGAACGGCGGUACGUGUCACGAAACCACGGCCGGGUAUGAGUGCAGUUGUCACACACGUUUCACGGGAACCCUGUGUGAGCUGGACAUGGACCCGUGCGCGUCAGCGCCGUGUCUCAACGGAGGCAAGUGCAUUUCAACAGUGCCGGGCGACUACUCGUGCGAGUGCCUGUUCCGUCUGUCGGGAAAGCGCUGCGAGUACGGCAAGUACUGCUCGCCGAACCCGUGCAAGCACGGCGGCGUGUGCGAGGAAGGCGACGACCGCGCGCUGUGCAAAUGCCGGGCGUUUGUGGGCGAUUACUGCGAGUUCGACUUGAACGAAUGCGAGUCUUCGCCGUGCCAGAACGGCGGGUCGUGCUUCAACGACGUCGGGUCCUUCCACUGCGUCUGCCCACAGAACACCACAGGGCCCUACUGCGGCAGCCAGCUGUACUCCACCUCCAUCACGUCGAGUAUUUACAACAUCACGUGGGAGGAACUCGUGGCGAUCGCCGUCGGGAUCGUACUUAUCCUGCUUUUGGUGAUCCUGUUCGUCAUCUGCCGCAAGUGCUACACCAAGCGGACACGACGUCGCAGGAACAUCAACAACGAGAAUAUCAAAGACCACAUUGUGUUGAACUCGACAAGGCCGCAUGAAAUGAGCGAGUUUAAGCGGGGCUCGAAAUUGAGCAAUUUGGAAGUGAAUCAGAGGGAGAUUCCGGUGUGUCCGCCGCGACCGGUCUCGUAUACGGCCACUAGUCAGAAUGACGCGCUGUAUAAUUGUAAUAAUACCAUGAUGUUGAAUAAUUUGGACACGUUGAGGAGUUACGGAUCCGCGGGGGAUGAACUAGAGAAUGUUCCACCUGAUUACGUGCGGAAUUUGAAUAGGAAUACCGGCCAAAAUUGUAUCUCGAAUCAUUGUGAGCCCGAGAAGACCACCUGGGCCGAACAGAUGCAUCUAGCCUCGAGUUUGAACGAUAAACCCAAAGUCAAAAAUGACUACAAAAUAUCAAGUCCAGUUAAUUGUGAUGUUCCAAACAGACUAUAUGGAGGACGAAGUAAUACUAUGAACUAUGUCAAGUCGAACGGCUCGGUGUGUCCGGAAGAGGACCAACGUUCGGUUGGAAGUUAUCAUUGGGACUGCUCAGAUUGGGCGCGUCAUAGCCAAACACUGCCUAACAUAACGGAGGUACCAGGCAGUGAAAUACCUGAUUCCUCCAGCUUUCAUAGUAAUGAGAGUAACGAAUCUCGUUGUCACCAUCUUCCUCCGGUGCUGGGCCCACUUGACCCACAUCGAGACAUUGAGACGCUCAAUGAAGAUGCCGAAUCGGAAUUCAUGGCUGACUCUGAAUACGAUGCGCAUGGGGCGAGCCCCAGUCUCAAUGCUCUCGAUAGUGGAAACGAAGAAUUUCGAUUUACCACAGUGCCUUUAAUUAUUGUUAAACCAACGGAUAGCUAUAUACGUCAUCCCAACUCAUACCUUCCUAGCCAUGGGUACAAUAUUCCUAGCGAGUCGGAAGGCGAGUGCUUGCAAAGCCCCGGUGCCGAGUCGGACGACGUUGAGCCGUACGGCUUCCCCAGCAAUCGCAACCGAAGGAAAAACUGUGAUGAUGACAUUGGAUCUGUGAUUACGACCCUAGAAGAGCGGAAUUCUCUUCUGGGUGGGUAUGGGAGUAACAGCGACUUAUCGACAAAUUUGUGCGAAAUAGAAGACUCGGAAUGCGAAGCUGAGCACAAGCCGUUGAAUUACCUUGGAGGAGUUCAACAGACUUCGGUUUGACACCAAGCCAAGUCGGGUCUUAUCAAGACUCGUUUUCCGGGAUAAUGUAGUAUUACUGUUGUACCUAUGAACUCCCGUAUAGCGUGAUGACUUAUAUGGCUCACUACUUGUACAGAUCGAUUUUUUUUCGUUUGGGACUUCGGAAUUGAGAGGGUUGUUCGAAUGAUUUAUCAGCGUUCUGCAUAUCAAUGUUUUGUACAUACAAGAAAGAAUAUUUUUUAUAACAUUGGUUGAUUAUCGCUAAUUUCAAUCGGGGAAUCCCAGGAUGGACUUCGACUACUAGCCUGGACUUGCCCCUGACUAUGCAAUCGUGUAAUUUAAUAUUUUUUUGUAUAAAAUAGGGAAGAAUUAUUUAAAGUAGGAAAUAAAAACGUGCCUAAUCUAAGGAGCUGAAAACAAAACUGACGGCAGCUCUAUUUUAAAACUCACUAUUUAGGAAUAGUUUUUAUUUAAAAAUAAUGUUACAAGACUCGGAUAUGACGUAACGAUAGUUGUAUUUUUUACGUUCGGACAUUCUUUUUAUACAUUGUGUAUGCAUGUGAUAUAAUGUUUAAUUCAGUUUGUGUGUCCCAUUUUAAUUCGAUUUGUUUGCUAUAUGGUUUACAUAGGAAAUUGAAAUUUAUACCACGAGAACAAAUUUAUUACCAUUAUGGAAUAGAUUAUGUAAUUUUUUUAAUAAAAUUUGAUAACUAAAAA